AUGUCGAAUUAUUGGGGCAAACGUCUCUCACUGCUCAUGCAUUCCCCGGCGCGUGGUUCCGUCAAGGCAGUGUCGCUUAAGCGUUUGCUGCUCCGACACGAGCUUCUGCCGCCACUUAAGUACCUGUGCCGUGUGGUCAUUCGUAACUGUAUUGUUGACCGGAAUCAACUCGCAUCGCUGCCAUUACCCAAAAAGAUCAUUGAGUAUUUGGAUGAUCCACGGUAUCUUGUUCCACCCUCUGUGCGGUUAUGA